AUGGGGCCCCCGGGCAAUUGGGGAUCAUGGGACCCUGUGUCCUUGCCAAACUGAAAACACACCCAAAAAACCUAUAAAAUGUACCAAGGGCAUUUUAUGGGGCCCCCUACAGACCCCGGGCCCUCGGGCAGUGCUCGAAUGGUCAGUCCGCCCCUGGUCAAGACCACAACAAUUGUUCAGACCAGGGGCGGACUGACAACUCAUGGGGCCUCCGGGCAAUAGGGGAUUAUGGGGCCCCUGUGUGCUUGCCCAAACUCAAAAAAGCCUAUGAAAAAGGUACCAGGGGCAUCUCAUGGGGCCCCCUACUGACCCCGGGCCCUCGGGCAGCGCCCGAGUUUCCAAAUGGUUCAGACUACCC